GCUCCGCUAGCUCAUGAAUAUUCAUAGGCUUGGUUGAGUCAAAGCUUUUAGGCGAGUUUGUGUAGAUCUACAGCAUCAUGCUUAGACUUUUCAAAGAGACAAACUCCAUUUUCUUAUGAAUGGAAAGUGAAAAGCCCUGUUCCGCUUAAAUUGGGUUCUUUCCUGUCCUGAGAAACACAACAGACCCCAAAAAGGCAAGCUGAAGAGCGAGCACACACACAGACCAAGCGACAAGAAAUGACCAUGACUACCAUGCCAGAGAGUCUUAAUAGCCCCGUCUCGGGGAAGGCUGUCUUUAUGGAGUUUGGGCCACCCAGCCAGCAAAUGUCUCCUUCUCCCAUGUCCCACGGACACUAUUCCAUGCACUGUUUACACUCAGCGGGCCACUCUCAGCCUGACAGCUCGUACAGCACAGCUUCGUCCUUCUCCAGACCGCUGGGCUACCCCUAUGUCAACUCGCGCUAUAAACAAUGUAUGCAAUUAAGGGUAAUUAAACCUAAACUGCAGCCUGUAAAAAUAGCAAACUUUCUCCGGGAAGGAGCCUGGGCUGCCAUCAUCGCCCGCAGCCUUUGUGAAGAUCUGGUUCCAGAACAAGCGCUCCAAAUUCAAGAAGCUGAUGAAGCAGGGAGGGGCGGCCUUGGAGAGCAGCGCCCUGGCCAACGGCAGGGCUCUGUCGGCCAGCUCGCCCCCGGUGCCCCCGGUGUGGAACACCAGCUCGUCCUCGGGUAAGGCCUCCACGGGCACCCCGGGCACCUACAUCCCCAGCUACACGUCCUGGUACCCGUCCGCCCACCAAGAAGCCAUGCAGCAACCUCAGCUGAUGUGAGCACCGCCGGGUUCCCCAGCG